AUGGAUCCAACAGCGAUCCCUCUCACAACAGUUUUUACCCCACCAUCCUCUUGCUCGUCGAGCUGGACUUAUGAAGGAUCGUAUUACAACAGUGUCAUUGGCGGCCUCCUAAUACAGAAUAUCUUCGCCUCCCAUGAUUUCGAUUGUUUCCCCCCUUCUUUCGAAGGAUCAGGACGUGGGCAGAAUCAACAAGUGUAUAGCCCAGGAUUCUGUCCCAUAGGCUACACCUCUCCAGCUGCUACAACAGUUAACGAAGUAACAACUGCAGUAUGCUGUCCAUCCGAUUAUACCUACUACACAACUCUCACGACAAUCAACUUCUACUCCUCAACCACAAUUUUUGCGGGAUGCAUCAGCGAAUUUCCUGAAGGCGGCACAACCACCGUCCUCGCUCGUUCUGGCCAGGCAAGCCUCGUUAACUCCGUUGUCACAGGCCCGGUGUCUAUGUGGGGCCAGCCGCUCGUCGUCCAGUUUAAAUCAGCCGAUCUCUCGUUCUUCACAGACGCCCUCACUACCUCCAGCCCUUCUACCACCGGCACCACCGGCACCACCGGCACCACAGGACAAAUAUCGAGCCCGACUGAUACCCGGUCCCGGAGCGCGACCCCAUCCCAAGCGGUGAAUAAUAAUCAACCUUUGCCGACCUCUUCACCCGAUUCUUUUCGCCCUUCUGGUGGUAACACUGGCACGGGGCUCUCCGCCGGUGCCAAGGCUGGCAUAGGUGUUGGUGCCGCCGGCCUUGCAUUGCUACUCGCAGCGCUAGUGUUUUUCAUCCGCCGUAGCCGCCGGCGCAACGCCUACAUGCCACCCCUCAAUGCUGUUCAAGAGCUAGACGCUGGUACUCCCCAUGCUGGUACUCCCCACGCUGGUACUCCCCACGCUGGUGUUUCCCACGCUGGUUUCUGGGCCCCAAAGUUAUACCGAGGAUCUUCAGUGCACGAAAUGCCUACUUCAUAA